CUCAGAGCUCAGGAGCUCAGGUACGGCACCGGGGGGCGGCCUGUAUAGACACGUCCCACAUGAGGAGGGCUAAGGGAACACGCACAGGGAUGAGCCUUUGACUGUUCACAUUGUAAAGGUGACUGCUGUGGAUUUCUCAGGUAUAGAGAUGGAUGGAGUUCUGGAGGCCACAAUCAGUCUGUGUGGAUGCAAACUGCUGUGCAGUCUUCUCUACCUUCCUGCUUUCAAAGACUCCAUGUCCUCUGUCAGCCUCUGCUGCAGCUGCCUCUUGCUCUUCACAGACCUCUCCAUCACUGCAUUCCUGGCCUACCUCUGGUGUGCUGCCCCCAGACCAAUAUCCUUUCAUCCAUCUUCCGACGCCAUCGCGCUUCGCUUCAUGUUGUUCCUCGGCAACACCUAUGGGGCGGUCCUGAUGCUGACUCCACUGUUAGUAGCCGUGGAAGUGCUCGUCCAUCUCCUGUGGCCUCAAGAAGUAGCAGCAACACCAAAUACCUGUGAAGAGAGCUCACAAGAGAGCAGGGAAAGUGAGUUGGGUCCAACGGUGUUGGUGAUGGAUAGAGAUGGAGAAGCGUGGGAGACAGAAGCCCUGCAGAACGUGGAGGAGGGCGAGAAUAGAGGCAAAUUCUUGAAAUUCUUGAAAGCUGUGGGCUUCCUUGGCUGUCUUCUGCUGUGGGGCAUGAGUGGAACAUACGCAGAAUACAGUUGGAGGCAGGAUCAGCCAGCGGUCAGAGAGUGCCUGGACAGGGGCGGUUCUCUCUCAGCCUGCCUGCCCUGUCUGUUGACCACCUCUUCGCCAAUUAGAGGUCAACUGUUCUGGUUUCUCGGUGCCGUAUUGCUCCUGCUGGGCUUGACUGGAAGCUUAGGCUUGCUCCUGGCGAAGCUCCCUUUGCUGAUUUCCCAAACAAAUCAGCUCCACACAUCCAGAGAAAAAGAUGCUACUUCUAGUUUACAUUUAAGAACACUUUGCAAAUGGGUUAAAGUACAAAGAAGUAGUGAAAACAGAAAAGAAAAAAGGAAUACUGCAGCCCUCGGGCAAACGAAAAUUCUAGAGAGGGCCCCAAACCACAGCGGCAGUGCUGACUUGAAGAAAAAAGCCAACAGCUGCGUCGCUCAGAGCUCACAGUUUGGACACAAUGGACGGCAAUUUUCUCACAGCAACCCGGUGCCAUUGUCUGGCCAAAAAGGUUUGGCUGACGGCUGUAAAUUACAAAGCAAGAGCGUGCUGCUUGUCUCACUGCCACAGACUGUACUUCCCCUGAAGGGCACUACGGUAGCCAGAAGCAUAGGACGGACCCCGCACCCCCAUGGGAGGCGGCUUUGGGAGCCUCAGAGGGAAAGUCCCUGCCUGAGAGGAGACCUAAUGACAGGACUGGUGUGUGGUCUGCUGGUAUGUGUUUUUCCUACAGUUCUCAGCACCAACAUACUGCUUGUCAGCAACCUGGACGCGCUAGCCGCCUAUGCUGUAAAACAUCUGCUAAUCCCUGCCCACAGUAAAUAAAAACUUAGCAGGGUGCGUGUUCCCACGAGACUUUGAGACGUGUGAAAAGUGUGAGAAUAAUUAGGAUCACUGGAAUCUUUUAUGGAAACAUCCUUAUGGAAUUCUAGUAGUAUGUUAAAACUAAACAUUGUGCUUUGGAGUGUUACUCAAGAAUGUGCGCAUAAAAUUACUGCUAUUACCAAAGCAGAUGGAGAAAUUCUGAGCAAGGAAAGGUCAAAGACACGAGAGCAAGCUCUGCAAGCCUUAAACUCCUUUUAAGCAGACAAUUUUACUGUUUUUCUAGGAUGAAUUUAUUAUGCUGUGUACAAAUAGUUUUUGCCAGAGACUGUUUAUAAUAGCUUACUGCUAAAUCAUGUGACCUGUACAGUGAAAUAAACAAUGUAAGCCUUU